AUGCCUGCUCACAAAGUGUGGUUUAUCACUGGGGCCAACGCUGGAUUUGGACGCUCUAUGCUGGAGUGUGCAAUCCGUAAGGGUGACAAGGUCGUCGCCGCAGUUCGGCGUCCCGAAACCAUGACGAAACUUCAAACAGAAUACACUGAAGAUAGACUGCUCGUGGUCAAAGUUGAUGUGUCGAAACCGGAUGAAGUCAAUGCUGCGUUUGACACCGUCAAAAAAGCAUUCGGACGAAUCGAUGUGGUGUAUAACAAUGCCGGAUACGCAAUCGUGGGAGAAGUGGAGGGAGUACCUCUCAAGGCAGCUCGCGCCGUUUUCGAAACAAAUUUCUGGGCAGUCGCAUUUUUUCGCGAGGUCAAUCAGCCUCAAGGAGGAAGACUCCUGCAAGUUUCUUCCAUGUAUGGUGAAUCUGCUGAUGGUUGCAUAGGAUAUUAUUCCGGAACUAAACAUGCUGUGAAUGCUCUAACGGAAGCAUUAUCAAAAGAACUUGAUCCGGCAUGGAAUAUUAAGCCUACACUGAUAGAAGCAGGAUAUUUCAAAACUGACGCUUUGAGGCUAAAGACCUUCGAAGUUUACGAACAUCCUUCUUACACCAAUCCGGCAGUCGAGGGAGUGGCCAUUCGUCAAGCAUUUGCCAACUUCGACCCCAACAACAACCCUUUCAUCAGAGGUGAUCCUGAUAAGUUAAGUGAGGUUGUAUAUAGGGUAGCGGAUAUGGAAGAUCCUCCACUGUGGCUUCCGCUAGGAAAGGACGCCUAUGUUAGGGCAAGGGCAAAAAUCGCAAGUUACGUGGCUGAAAUAGACAAGUAUGAGUCGCUGUCGGAAGAUUUAGAACUGUAA